CUCCCGCGUUAACCAAUCAAGAGAGUCACACUGCCGCCGCUCACGGGAGCCGCGCUUCGCUCCCAGGAUGGGAAGCCCAUAGAGACGGGGUGGGAGGGAGGAAAGACCGGCCCUUUCCCCAAGCCGACAAAAGAACCUCUCCAGGCUGAAAAUGCAAACGUCUCCUCAAACAAGAUUCCCCCGUGAGCACUUCCGGUCUACAACGGAGCGCGUUUCCGGCACGCUCCUUCAGACGUCCCACCAUAGAGGCGCUGCGCGAUAGAGCGGCGUCCCACGGUUUCCGUAGAGAGUCGUGCCGCCUUCUUCCAUUUUCUUUCUUUUUCAAACCGGAGAGGCAAGUGAGCACUAAGCGACCGAAAGCCAACGGCCCCGGAAGGAGGAAGUGAGGUGAGCUUUCUAGAGAGGAGGAGAGGAGGGGAGAGGAUGUGACUCGUGUUGCGCAGGCGGGAAAGUGCGUCUGGUGAGAGGGGGGGGAUUCAAAGCCGGGCGUGCGAGGGCGGGGGGCAAUUGUCUUCGGUUUAAACGCGGUUGGUAUGGGAAACUGCGGUAGUAGUAGUAGUAGCAGCAGGAGUAGGCGGCUGGUGUGCGCUGUUGCUGCUCCGUAAAGAGGCGAGUUUUGGCUCCCGCAAAUAGACAACGUGUGUGUUUCGCUGUGGCGGCACUGAGCAUCUUGUGGGUCGGGGGCUCCUGGGUGCGGGGUUUGGUGUGUGUCCUUCUUAGUAGGCAUUGUGAGGCAGGGGUGGUUUUUAGCCGAGUUGGGUGAAUAGCAAGGCAGCUUUCUAGAAGUCGUCGUCUUCUUCCCGUCUCCCAUGUAUAAACAAAACAUUUUCUGCUUUCUCCCCAGGUUUCGCCUCCCCCCAGGUGUUUUCUAGUCCUCUGUGUCUUCGUGUUCCCUUUGCUUCUGUUAGUACUAGAUGGAGAAGAUCCCACGUUCCAGGAAGGACUAAGACAUCUUGUCUUCUCCCUGCCUGGGUCCGUUUGCAAAACUUUUCCCCAAGAACAGCUCGGCACGUUUUGCUGGUGUGGCCUCAACCCCUGCCAUAGUGGGGUGAGGGGGGUGGAGGUGCUGUCAACAUGGCGGAUACAUUGGAAUUCAAUGAAAUAUACCAGGAGGUGAAGGGAUCGAUGGUGAGUUAAUGGGGUGGUGGUGGUAGCCUGAAAGGAGGAAAGUAACAUAUGGUGCUAUGUGAGGAACAAGCAGUAUGUUUGGAGGAAGGUUGACCUGUUGGAUGGGAUGCCACCUUGCCACUUUAGAAACCUAGUGCUUUGCCACAAGUUUGUUGUAUGAUCUGUCGUGUUCUGGUAUGCCAUCUUUUAAAGGGGAGUAAGAAAUAAUAUUGCUCUGCCCCUUAAGGGUUCAGUGAGGUUAAUACUUUAAACAUAAUGGCAGGAGGGCCUAUGAGAAUACAUUAUUUAGGACGGUGAACAAAUGUUUCAAGAGUGAUGAAGCCCACAUUUGCUUUGGACUCCUGAGGAUUGUGGAGAAAUAACUUUUUUGGGUGGCAAAUUCUUUACUCACUAAAAUGCAUCUUGAGACUUCAGCUGGGUAUGAAACGUGCCUUAAAGCCUUUUUAUUAUUCAGCAUUGUUAAUGCCACUGGGGGGAUUACUUGGCAGGCUGGUUGUAUAUCACUUGGGAUUAUUUCUGGAUGCAAAACAACAAAGACUCUUGUGGCAAACUGAAAGACUAACAAAUAUAUUAUGGUGUAAGAUUUUGUGAGCUAGAGUCUAUAGAUCUAUAUAAAUGUGAUUCCUAGCCACAAAUAUUUGCUUAAUUUAAAACUGAAUAUGAUGCAAGGUUCUGAGGCUGACUUCUAAGGAAGUAACACCUACUUAAAUAAAUAGGGCUUUACUUCUUAGCAAAUAUGGUUAGGUUUGUGCUGUAAACAUUGUCUUUUUAAAGAAAACAGAUAACUGGACACUUUACUGUAGAAGCAGAAAACUAGAUCUGGCCACUAGGUUGGCUCCAUAUUCCUCUCGCUGCCAAAGCAAAGUUUGACAGAUGGGGGGGGAUACCCACCUGUCAGUCACUUGACAUCACAGCAACAUCAAGUCACUGGUGUUUCCCUAUAUGGUUAGAAAUCGACUGUGGGCCAAGGCAAAUCACUUAGCAAAGUGCUUAGAAAGCACACUGCAACCCCACUUUUGGACCAGCCACAUUUUGACCUUCUCUAUCCCUGAUAGCAUAUAGCACAUCAGGUGUAAGACAGGUGGGUGUGGCUUGCAGGCAAAAUGGGGAGGUCUGGUAACCUAAUUAGGUCUGUGGGUUGGAGGUUCCCCACUGCUGCUUUACUGAGUGGUUUGAGUCCCAUUCCAAAUGUUUGGGGAGAAAAUAAUUAUAGUGGAAGGAAUUAUUGUAGUUGUUGGAUAGUUGCCAUUAACACCACAUCAUAUGUCUUGUCCAACUUGUUCUAAAUAGUAUUUUAAAAGGGGAUUUGGUGGCAGUUUGAGGAAUAAAUGGAGCUGUUUUAGGAGAAGAGCCUAUCAAGCUUUUGAGAGGCCACGGAGCUAAAGCACCUGCUAACCUUCUGUCUCUUGUGGGUCAGAAUGAUGGCCGCCUGCGACUGAACCGUCAAGGUGUGAUUUUCAAGAACAGUAAAACAGGAAAAGUGGACAAUAUUCAGGCAUCAGAGUUGGCAGAGGGCAUCUGGCGACGAGUGGCACUGGGACAUGGUCUCAAACUCCUGACAAAGAACGGUCACGUCUACAAAUAUGAUGGGUUCAGAGAGACGGUAAGGUUCUUUUUGGAAUGAGUUUGCUUCUGAGCAUGAUACAGUACAGCCCUCAGCAGGUCUUCAGGACUUGGUGGGGUGAGCGGUUUUUUGUAUUAUGGAUCAAGACAGGUUGAUAUUGUGCAGCAUCUGCCAUUGGGUGUUUAUUUUUGCCUGAAAUUCCACCAGUUUGCAUAUCCAGUUUGGUCUUGCAAAAGUGCCUUUUCCCUCUAGCCUUAUGGUUGUGUGUUGCCUUAGUUGCAGGCUGUUAUAAAGGAGAUGUCGGUUCUACAAUGGGAUUUCUAGUUUCAUGCAUCUCUUGUAGCAUGCAAUUCUUAACUCUUAGCUUAUAUAAAAAAUACUUGUUAGUAUUGACAUAAUUUUGCUCUGGCCUGUGAUAUGUAGCUUAUUUUAAUUUCCAAGGUGCAGAAAGCUAUUCACAGCAAAUGGCUACUCUGUAUACCGCUGCCUUACUAGUGCAUUAACUGACUGUUCCCUGAUUAUGCAUUUUCCUUCCAUAGGAAUUUGACAAACUCUCAGAUUUCUUCAAGACACACUUUCACUUAGACCUUGCUGAAAAAGACUUGUGUGUGAAGGGGUGGAACUGGGGGACAGUGAAGUUUGGAGGUAUGUUUGGGUGUGGUGGGUGGUACCCCGACCCCAAGGGAAAUUGGCACACUGUGUCUCGAAGACAGAGCUAAGAGAAAAGAAUGGAGAAGGUUGUUUUUGUUUUACUUUGGGUUGGAGAAUGACUGAGAAUGUAUUAUUAUUUUCUCUUGGAAGAUACCUUGUUGGUCUUUUGCAGGGCAGCUUCUCUCUUUUGACAUUGGUGAGCAGCCAGUUUUUGAGAUCCCACUCAGUAAUGUCUCCCAGUGUACAACUGGCAAGAAUGAAGUGACGUUGGAGUUCCACCAGAAUGACGACACUGAAGUGUCGCUUAUGGAGGUGCGCUUCUACGUGCCACCCACUCAGGAGGAUGGCGUGGAUCCCGUGGAGGUGAGUGAGAACUGAGUAGAGAUGAUGUUGGGGUGGGAGAGAGAGCAUUAGUUGAUAAAAACUUCAUUCCACUCUUUACUGCAGGCAUUUGCCCAGAAUGUAUUAUCUAAGGCAGACGUCAUCCAGGCCACCGGAGAUGCCAUCUGCAUCUUCCGAGAGCUGCAGUGCUUGACACCUCGUGGUCGAUAUGACAUCCGCAUCUACCCUACCUUCCUGCACCUCCAUGGCAAGACAUUUGACUACAAGAUCCCCUACACCACCGUUCUGCGGCUUUUUCUGCUGCCCCAUAAAGACCAACGCCAGAUGUUCUUCGUGGUGAGCAGCAGUGGAAUUGGGGGGAAGGGGUUGCCUGUCAGGAGUAAGAAUGAUGGUUACUUCAUGCAGUAGGCUCCAUUCAUAGGUUCUCUUCCUUCUCCCCUUUGUGCUUUACGAGAGAGGCCAGGGCCUUUCAUCCCUUGAAAACUUGGGACCAGUUAACGUAAGAGAUUUCUUUACUCCCACAUGCACCCACUCAACUGCUUUGAUCGGUGGAAUUGGCACUACUGCGGGGGCCACAUAAUACCUGUUCCAGAUUUGUAAGAACUUGAUUGUUUAGUGUGGCAGCACCUGCGCUUCUGAACUUCAUGCCUAUUGAGAUCAAACAGGCACCUUCUUUUUUGGGCGCCUGCUAAAAACAUUCUUGCUUACACAAACCUAUCCUGGUGCUUUGAAAGUUAGUAUUUUAAGUUUUUAAAAAAUAUGGUUGUGAUUUUUUUCUUGAUUUUCUUGUUUUAUCUUUUUGUAAAUCACUUGGAGGUAUUUUGCAAUCAAAUGAUGUAUACCUUUUAUGAAAUAAAAAUAAAUAAGUUCUUGUUACUAAUUAAAAAACCAGAAACAAAGCAAAUUAUCAGUCUUAUGUUGCACUCUGGGGAGAAGAAUCCGUGUGUCUUUCUACUCAGUACACAGUCAGUGUCUCAGAUAAAAUUUCAGGGAUUGUUAUGUAUCCUUCCUAUUCUUCUGCUCUGCCUUGGUUCCCUCCCUGCAAGCGUUCCGGGCAUAAGGGGAGCUGGCCUGUUGUUUCAGCACUGUGUUAAGGUGUCGUGCCUUAGGGCUCUCUCGUUCCUUCUAACUGCAGCAGGUGUGGAUAGAGAUGUAAGAGCUAAUCCCUCAGCGUUGCAUAGCUAACUUGCACAUAAUAAUCUCUUCCUAUCAGAUGGAGAUAAAGCACAUAAUUUUUUCUUAGAAAGCAGCAAGGUGGUCUUGUGCCACCUGCUAUGCCAAACUGCACAUCCGGCCAAGUUAUUUGUUGCUUAGAAGGCCAUUGGCCUUAAUGUCUCAACAAAUGAAACUGAUUUGUAAAAAUGUUACAUGGGGAAAAAAAUAUGAUAGAGAGACAGUGCACACACUUUUGUAAAUCAACAAAAUCUUUAAUAAACAAAUAAAAGUACAAAAAAGAGAAGGCCAUUGGCCUUUAAGGCAGAAGGAAGUCAGAGCUUGCAUGUCCAGUCUGGCAUGGCAUUGCCAAUGUCUGACAUGUUAUUGCGAGCAGAGCAACUGCAUAUACAGCCUGGGGAGGUUUGGCCCUUGUCUGCUUACCUGUGAGCAUCUGCAGUUCUAGGGGAGUGGUCAUAUCUAAAGCUAGACCAUGCUAUUUUGGAGAAGGCUACAUAGUGACAUUCUGCAUGGUUGUGUUUUUGUUUUUUUUAAUAAAAAAGACUAUAAUGUCUCUUAACAUUUCUGAAAGGGUGUGUGAGAGAAAUAUACUCAGUUUGAUGCAGCAGUCUGAACCUGAAGAUUCCUGAAAAGAAGUGCAAAUUUUUAUUCUCCUAGUUGAGUCUGUAGAGACUGCUGCUGUCUAGGAUUAAAUUUGGAUUUCUGUUGCUGUCUUAAACAAGGGGAAAGGGCUUUGUAAUGGGUAGGUUGUCUCUAUGAAAGGGAGAUGCAUGUGAUAUCAGCGUGGUGUGUGGGGGUUAGGCUGCAUGGGAAUGGUGCUUUUGGAUCAGGGCUCCUGCUGAAGGUGAAGUUUAUCUCUGCUUCCUUCCAGAUCAGCUUAGAUCCUCCUAUAAAGCAAGGCCAAACACGUUACCACUUUCUUAUCCUACUCUUCUCAAAGGAUGAGGACAUCUCCUUGACCCUCAACAUGAAUGAGUGCGUACCAUUUCACAAUAUUGUAUUCCUUACAGUGUAUCUGUGUCUGAUUCCCCUAGAUGCUUUCUAAGCUUGACUCUACCCGUCAUGCCCAAGUGCUUUUUUGUCCCAGUUGCACAGACUGCUGCAAUUAAUUGGUGGUGUAGUAAUCUUUGGAGUCUCUUGCAUUUCCAUUUCUGUCAAACUUAUUCUGUGUGUUUGUAUGGAGAGGGAGAAAACAAGAAUGAGACUGGCUUGCACAAGGAGACCUUGGAGUUUCCAGUGCAACAUUCUGACUUUAAGACUGCCAGUUCUAGUCUCCACCUGCUCCCUAUUAUUACCUUUCUCAACCCCCACCCCCAUGUGUGCAUAUAUGCCUGUGCACAUCCACACACAGGCGACUCUCCACUUAUGUGGGAGCUACGUCCAGGGAAGGUAGAAACUAUAAAAGGCACAGUGCAGCAUUUACUGCAGACUGUCCCUGGACCUCAGAAUGCUCUCCCAGAGUGAAUGCAAUGGCAGGUGGAAUUGCUGAAUGUGCUUUUUCAGCAUAAAGCUGUGAUCCCUCAAGUUAAAUGUGCAUAAGUUGUGAGUCAACUGUACAUGCAUAAGCAUGCACACAUACUAUUUAAAACAUCUUUCAACAGCCCCUUGAGUCUAGCACUUUCUUAACUUCUAUUCUGUCUCUCUCUCUAACAGGGAUGAGGUAGAGAAGCGCUUUGAGGGUCGGCUCACCAAGAAUAUGUCUGGCUCCCUGUAUGAGAUGGUCAGUCGUGUCAUGAAAGCUCUUGUCAACCGGAAGAUCACCGUGCCUGGCAACUUCCAGGGGUGAGAAAUGCCUCCAUGCUGGGUUAGAGGAAUCGUGAACCAUUCAUUGGCUGUCAUUGUUUGACCGGGGCGUGAAUGAGAAAGGUAUGGCCAAAACUGAGCAUGGCUCUUAUUUCCCUGUUACAGGCAUUCCGGGGCACAGUGCAUCACUUGUUCCUAUAAGGCUAGUUCGGGCCUCCUGUACCCUUUAGAGCGUGGCUUCAUCUACGUGCACAAGCCACCCGUUCAUGUCCGCUUUGACGAGAUUUCUUUUGUGAACUUCGCCCGUGGGACCACAACCACACGCUCCUUUGACUUCGAAAUAGAAACCAAGCAGGGAAUGCAAUACACUUUCAGCAGCAUAGAGAGGUGAGUGAAUGGAUCGUAGCAGAACCAUAGAGACACAACUGUGCUUACCAGCUUUUGAUCUCAGCCGCCUCUUUAGCUGUAUAAUAUUUUCCAUUGUGGCGGAAAGGGGCAGAAUUUCCACUGCCCUUGAGCCCUUCCCAUUCUGAAAGACAGUUCUUUAUGCUGCUUGCAUAUGUGUGACCCAUAAUUUUCAGAUGUUUUCAUUUCAAUAGCUGCAUCAUGCAUAUAUUAUUAUUUAUGAAUUUGUUACCUGCCUUUCACUCUUAAGGUCCCAGGGCAGGUUACAGCGGUAAAAACAAUAUUCAAAACAAUUUAAAGCCAUAAAACUAAGGUAGGUCCUAAAAACACAAUAUUUCGUUCUUCAGUUCCCCUCCGCGCCCUCACAAUAUAAGAUCUAUUUUCCCUGGCAGCAACUGAUUCACUGCUGUUCUGUGAAGUUUUGUCACAGGCAAGUGAGUAUUAGUCUUGUGCGAGAUGAUUGCAUCUAUGGCUUCUCUUCCUUGCAGAGAAGAAUAUGGCAAACUAUUUGACUUUGUGAAUACCAAGAAGUUGAACAUCAAGAACCGAGGACUGAAGGAGGUACCUGUUACAAGAGGGUGGGCAAGAGAGAGGACAGGGAAAGGCAACUACUGUCUGGUCCUGAUCCUGAUCUACUGGGGAAGGGUGGGGUUCUCUGUCUCUCCGGAGCUUUCUCCCUUCUCAAUUUCUGUUCUCUCCUUGUAGAAGAAAAAGGUCUGUGCGAUUGUCCCCUCCUCUUCCUCCUCCUCUUGGUUCAGGUCUCCUCUGCAUGGCUGUGGUGAACAUUCCUAAUCACCAUAGUAUAACCUUGCAUGAACCACAGGCAAGGGGCAGCAGCCUGCUCUGCUUAAGAAGUGGCUUCCACCUAAUCCACCUUUCUAGCAUGGUUCUUCCCUUCCUCUGAGGAGAGAAGGUGUGUUCUAGCAGACCCAGGAGACAGCAUGCAUUCAGUUCUUGAGGAAUCUGCUGUGUGUGUGUGUGUGUUUAAAACAGAAGCCUUUUCUAUACAGUAUGUGUGCUCAAAAGCAUGCUGGGAGUUGUGGUUUUAGAAUCUCUGCAUGUUUUGGGUGUGGAAAGUGUUGAGAGAGACUGUCUGCUCAAAUACUGGAGUUGGGAAGCUUCCAUGGAAUGCUUUGUUUAUGUUUCUAGGGCAUGAAGAGUGUGCCCUAUGAUGAUUAUGCUGGUUCGGAUGAGGACUCACAUGAUGCUUACUUGGAGCGUAUGAAGGAGGAGGGCAAAAUUCGCGAGGAGCAUGCAAAUGACAGCAGUGAAGACUCUGGGGAGGAGACGGGUAAGCCAUUUUUUUAAAAAUUUCUUUUGGGUUUUGUUUGAUUAAUAAUUGAACAGUAUAUAACUUUUAAAAAAUACGUUUAUAUUUAUUUUUCAUGGCACAAGAUACAUUUUGAGAAAACGGUUGUUACAACAGUAAACAACAAAUUACUUGUGCUGAUCGUAUUUCAAACUUUUGUCAUGUUAUAUAAUAAAGUUGUGUUUGAUUACGCUAAAAGAUCAUGCCACAUUUCCCCAUGAAUGUUUGGUGGAUUUCUGCCAUGGUCUCAACAAUUUGUUUUCAAGAAGCAUUUGCCAUACAUUAUAAAAGGAAUGUGGAUUGUGUCUGCCCUUUGCCGCUUUGACCUGACAUGUCAAUAUGUAAGCCAAUGCUAUGGACUAUACUUGUUAAGUCCAACAAAAAAUUUCCAGCAUCUGACUACCUCCAUACAGGCAGCUGUCAAUAGAAAGGCUAAGAGAUCAACAUUAGGGUAAUUUUGAGCGGGUGGGAUCAUAAGCCAAAUACUGCUAGUGCAGGAGACAUUUCACUUGUUUUGUUGUAUGUCAAGCUUAUUUCUAUAUCUGCCCAUGGUUUGCUCUUUUGACCGUUCAUCGGUGACAUCAAAUGUUUUAGUUAAAAGGCAUUGUUAGUAGUUUGGAGGUGUGGGAUUCCAAAUCUGCUGCUUUGAACACUUCCAUACAUAGUUCUGGAGCCUAGUUGCUCUUUUCCCCUUCGUGUAUGAACUUGUUCAUUGAGCACUGCCAAAUUUUAAAUUGUUUGGGCGUAAUCAUAAUUGGCAGCGCUUGAAAAAGAAACAAAAAUUUCAGAAGGAUAGCUGCUGUAAAAAUGGUUAUGCGUCCUGACCAUGCUAAAUGUAAGUUUUCCCAAGAUCUAAGAUCCCAUCAUACUUGUAAAAGUAAUGGUAUAAAGUUUGCUUUCUUUAGAGCUGACAGGUUUUUUGUUACCUGGGCUCCCAAAUAUUUUACUUCCUAUCUGUUUUUGAAUGAUUGAUUGGUCAGAUGGAGAAAUGUCCAUUUACGUUAUUUCUGAUUUGGAUUUGCUGAUUUUGAAUCCAGACACUUUAGCAUAAUUGCUUAUUUUUUUCAUUUCAGUAAUAUGAGCAUUGCAACUUUUGGAUUCAAUAGCAUAAUUGAUACAAUGUCUGCAAAAAGGCUUAUUUUAUGCAUUUCUUUUGUUAGCUAUUUAAAUGUUAUGAAAUAAGUAAAUGAAUAAAUAGCUUUUCUGCAGCCUGGAGAUACAGAGAUUGGCCUAUUCUGUCUUUGGUUUGUGGCCAAAUCCAUUCCUGUUUGCCUUUUCAUGCCUUACAUUUCGUUCUCAUCAAUGUGGUUUAAAAACAGAGAUUUUCUUUUUCCAGAUGAAUCCUUCAAUCCUAUGGAGGAGGAAGAGGAUGUGGCAGAAGAGUAAGUAAAAUGCUUCAGCCUGCUGGAGAUAGUGUUGUUGAAUGCUGCAUUGAGGGCUCUGUUAGGAAUCAAAAGGCAUGAUAUUAAUAUUUUAAUAAAUACUGGGGGAAACUGUGUGCUUGGAAGGGACCAGUAUAAGACUGAAGGAUGCAAUAACAUCUGGAACUGUGACCAGGUCUCUGUGGGUCUUCAAUAUGACCGUAUGGAAGCAGGCAAAUCACAUGAGUAGGAGAAUUCCAACAGAAGAAAGUUGGAUCAUCUGUAUUGGAGUGAUGACAAUAGUAGGGUGAAAUGGGAAGAAGAACAGUUUGUUAUAAUGUUGUGAGGAUCCAUCUAGGGAGUAGGAAAUGGGGGUUGUAGUUCAUGCCACAUGAGCAGGUUUCCACUUUUGCAGGGAUGGCGCGCUUCCUUUUCUCUGUCUCCUGUCAGCCCACCCAGAUCUGCUCAGGUGACGGUGGGCAGUCAGAGCUGCAAGGGGGAGUGGAAGUCCCACUGCAUUAGUGGAGGCCUGUUCCACUCGUAUAGCAGCAUUACUGGGUGCAACCACUGGUUAUCAAAAUGAAUGGGGAAAUCUGAGUCCUAAAUUUAAGGCAACACUUUGCGACUCACUUUGACAGUCUUGUGCUUUUUAUCUUCGUCUGUGAAAUAUGCUGUCCUUUCAUCAGUCUAAAAUUGUACACAGGGUUGAAUAUUCAAGAAAACGUUGGGAGCUAGUAAUCUGGGCAUGCUUUCACUUAAGCUGCUGGAGAGCAUCUUGCAGGGUGGGCAGUCAUGACAAUGGACCCAUUCUAUUUCAAAUGCUUUAAGAACGUCAGCUUACUUAAAAGGCUUGUCUGUUUGGUCUUUGAAGUAUGAACAUUGGGGUAGGUUAGACAGAUGGCAAUUGUUUUUGAUGUUUGCAUGCAAUGGUUAUCAGUCAAUUGAUACCUGCUGGUUUGUGCGCUCUUGCUAGAAUAGUUUCUGACAAGUCUAUGCAGCAGCUUAUUGAAAUCCUAUAUUGUAUGUCUAACAAUUUUUAGCAGUCGUGGUAGGGCUUCCAGUGUUUGUAAAUUUUAUAAGUUGUUUAUUCUAAUCGGGCUAUAUAGACCUAUCUGUUUAUGAUGUUUGUUACCGAUUUUAAUGAUCCUGCGGCAUCCAAGUCUUUCUUGGGACUUAUUAAUUUAUUUGCUGCAUUUAUUUCCCAGUUUUUCUCUAAGGAGCUGGAGAUGGUGUUUAAUAUGGUUCUCCCCCUCCUUAUUUAAUCUCCACAGCAACCCUGUUAGGUAGGCUAGGCUGAGUGGGGAUUUGAACCCUAGUUACCCUAUUUCUAGUCCUGCACUCUAACCACUACACCACACUGAUGUAGUGUAACUGACACAUGAGAGUUAAGCACAAAAAAAGAGGGUGAGGAUAUUGUUGCUCAAGCUUGAGUGUGUGCCCUCAUUUUAAAAGUGACUGGGAUUUAUUUGUGGGUUUAGGAAGCUGUGAACCCACCUCUUUCUGUGCGUGUCUUUUCCUUGUGACAGGUUUGACAGUAAUGCCUCAGCCAGCUCAUCUAGCAACGAAGGAGACAGUGACGAGAAGAAGAAACCUGCCAAAAAAGCCAAAAUUGUCAAAGAACGCAAGCCUCGCAAGAAGCCAUCUGAGGUGAGAGCAACCAGGAUGUGGAGAUUGUUGAAUUCAAGGCCGCUCUCUUCCUGGCUUUCUUUGAGUGCUUCCUGUCAGAGCUGGAAGUGCCUGUGAGAAAGCAAACAAGUGCACAGUUACAAAUCAGCAGCCUUGCACUGGGCAUUGCUUGGGAGUUCCUAAGAAACCAAACAAAUCAGUGCAGUUUUGAAAGGUGCACUCUGUCAUCUUGAUUCAAAAGGGCAUCCAAACAGAGGGGAACCUGCUCCUCCAUCUCAGCGGUGCCCAAACACCUAGCAAGCAGACAAAUCAGCAGUUGAUAUAUUGACAAGGGACCGUAUUUUGAACUGAAUCGGGACCAGCAGUGUUAACUUGCGCUUGUGUUAGCUGAGACCAGAACAAGAACUGUUUUAAAAUGCUUGAACACAUUCAAACAUGAAUCGACUUAAGUAAAGCUAUUGAGGGUACCUAAGGAGAGUGCACUGCUGAAAUCUCUCCUUACAUAGAGAGGUUAACAGGCCUUUUCCCUGUGAAUCUGCUCACGUAGGGGAGAGCUGCGGUGGGAUGGGCUUUGAAAUUGAGGGAUGGCACUGGGGGCCAAGUUGGUCCAUGCUUAUUAGUGGUGCAGUGAAUAUGAAAACCAGUCUUGGGAAUAUAAGGGGGAAAGGGGGCAGUAGAAGAGGUUUUGGAGCAAAAACUGUGUGUUGCAAUUUGCAGAGCUGUAGAUUGCUGGAAGGGCAGUUGGCUAUAGUCAAAAGUCAAGUUAGAGGUCUUUAUGCAGGUGGCUUUGGGAGACAGGAAGGGAUUUUUCCGGAAUCUGUGGAAUAGGCAGGGCUUCCCUUUACUUGGAGGUGAAGUGUUGUGCUUUUUCUCCUCACCCUCCCUUUCCCCACAGAGUAAGAAAGGGAAAGAUCCCAAUGCCCCAAAGAGACCUUUGUCUGCUUACAUGCUCUGGCUCAAUGCUAACCGGGACAAGAUCAGGGCAGAUAGUCCUGGCAUGAGUGUCACUGAUGUGUCCAAGAAGGCCGGAGAACUCUGGAAAGGAAUGUCCAAAGAGAAGAAAGAGGUGGGUGAUGAGUUGAUAAUGAUAACAUUUUAUGGAUGUGGAAGUGUGCCAGUAGCUUUUGGGAGUGGUUUAUGAUUUGUUCAUCUGAAUGCCAGCUGCUGAGGGGGUGGGGAACAGUGGGAGAGGGCUGUUGCUUUCUGGAGGAUUCUCUGAAGUGUCUUGGAAGGGUGGUAGUUCAGUGGUGGACCACAUGUUUUCCAUGUAGAAGAUCAGAGGUUCAAUCCCUGUCGUGUCAGGCUAGGAUUGGAAAGGAUUCCUGCCUCAAACCCUGGGACAUUAGGGAAUUCCUGCUGUGAGAAAUGGUUGCUAAACCAAAUUGACUCUUGGUCUGAUCCAGCAGGAAUUCCCUAAUGUCCUGAGACAGUUAAAUCCUGUUUUAUCCUGAUGAUUAUAAAUUUCCACUUGGUCACUAAAUCCAGCUCUGGGUUUUUGAACCUCAGUUGAAUCCAUUUCGGCCUUGACCCACAGGCAUAAGGAAAAGAACAAUGGGCUUAAAAUAAAACCUCAGGACUCUGCAUUCCUUGAGUUUUUGGAUUUCAUUUUCUAUUGCAUGGGAUACACAUGCUCCUGGUGUUAGCAGAAAUGGUGCAUGAGUUGUUCUUUUUGUGGGUUACGUGAGUAGUGAGUAAAACGUUCUCUUUUUGGAUGAAGGAAUGGGAUCGCAAAGCUGAAGAUGCCAAGAGGGACUACGAGAAGGCAAUGAAGGACUACACAGAAGGAGGGAAGUCGGACAGCUCCAAGAAGUGAGUAGCUGCGUCCCUGCCCCACAAACAAGAACACAGACUCCCAUCCUCAUUUCUCCAUAGUGCUUCUGUUGCCCCAAAGGGAUUCUGCCAUUACAGCACACUAUCUCUUUCUUCUCAUGAACAGGGAAAAAUCCAAGAAGAAGAAAAAGCCAGAGAAGCCAGGGAAAGGCAAGCCAGAGAAGAAGGCACCUGCAUCUGCAAAAUCGUCUGUGAGCAAGAGCCCUUCCAAACAACUUGGAGAGAGUUUCAAGAGCAAGGAGUUUGUCUCCAGUGAUGAUAGCUCCUCAGGCGAGGACAAGAAGGAGGUGAGAGGCAAUGCACUCUGUGGUGGCAAUGCAGCGCCACUGCCAGUGAGCUAGGGAGGAGGGGAAGGAAAGCAUGCUCCAUUCAGGUCAGAAUCCUGUUGCCAGUUCUUGCUACAGAAGAGCAACCAAUUCCCCCCCAUGAUGUUUUCAUCACAAGUUACAGGAUGGUCCUUUUGUGGCCACUAGAAACGGAAGAGUGCCUCUAACCGUGAACAUGGCAAUCCAUAAUCUUCCUACUUUCAUUAGUCUCCACACUUGAGACAUUGCAUUGCUUCAUGUGUUUUAAUUUGCCGAAUAAGUAUUUAUGGAAUUUGUAUUUCAGAGCUAAGAACAUUUUUCACGGUCUGUAGUCUUAUAGGACAGUGUCAGGAGGAAAGGACAUCAGGAAAGAUAUUGAGGCAGGGAAGAUAGGUGGAGAGCCAUUGGAAGAACACAGAUGUCUGGUGUUGGUAAAAGGCACACCACAUCAAAGACCUGCUUAAAGCCCCCUUGGUUUCUAAGUGUUUGCUUUACUAUGCUCUGCAACCAUGAAGACUAGAAAUUUGCUAUUUUUAAGAAUACCAAGCCAGUUAUGUAUAAGUGCUCAAGCUGGAGAACAAUAUUGACUUUAAUAAUAUAUCAUAUGAUUUCUAUUUUUCCCUGGUUUCUCCAUGUUUUCCUGUCCUUUUCCUGCCAUUUCCUGAACCAUAUUCAUUCCCAUUACAUUGUACACACUCCUGUGUUUCUAGCGUAGUAAAUAAAAGCACAUUGCAGGCUUUUCUAGAUUUCCCCAUCUUCAUGCAGCUUAAACAUCCUGUUUGCUCCAUUUAUUGUAUGCUUUUACUGCAGUUGGCUGUUCAGCUGAAGCUUAAUUGGUCCCAGUGGUACCCAGCAGCUCCCCUUUCCGGCGCUGAUUCUGUUGGCUUAGACUCUAAGGCAUGCAGCUAAUCUUGAAUCUUUCCCCUGCUCUUAACAAUACCUGUGCCUCUUUCUUUUCUAGGAUUCUGAUGAGGAGGAGAUCGCCAGCACCCCACCCAGCUCAGCAGAAUCUGCAUCUGGUUCAGAUUAGCAAGAAACACCCUGAUUCCCCACCCUUUUUACAGGUGUUGUGGUGGUUCUAUUUGUGGAGGUGAGGCCAAGAGGACGUUGUUCCAGGCAGGAUGGAUGGAGAGCUGGCACCACUACAAUGCUUCAGUUGUUCCCCCUCCCAGUAUUGCAGGUUGUAGUCAGGGCCAGUUGUCCCGUCCAGAGAGAAUGGAUUGUGCUAAAAGAGGACAGAGAAAGCCCAUCACCCCCGCCCCUUUUCUGCCUUCAUGUUGCCAUAGAUGCACUGUGUCCUGUUAGAUGGCGGGCUCAGUGGUAUGUGGCAUACAGAUGGAAGAUGGGGGCACUGUGUUCCUUCCCUGGUCAGACUCAGUUGAUGUCUUUUGGUUUUUCUUUUUUAAGGUUCUCUUUGCAUUUUUGUUUAUCGUGGCUAACUGAUUUAAUAAAAAUCAAGUGAAUUUGGACGAGA